GUAUGAUCGAGUUCCUCUCGCACGAGAUGCAGCGUGCCAAGUUCAACAUGUGGCUGGAUGAUAUUUUGGACAGCAAUAUCCCGUGCACUUCGGCCAUUGUCUACCACUGGUGCUUGCACGGCUUUGAGGGGUUCGGCCAAUCCAGAGGUGCCACAGACUAUCUGUACCCGAAGGGCCUGGAUUUCAGUCUUACCAAGCAU